AACAUCGACAACUCGGUUCUCAGCGGCAAACAGUCAAAAUGCCUUUCCACAAGCUCGUCAAGAACAGCGCUUACUACAGCCGCUACCAGACCAAGUACCGCCGUCGCAGAGAGGGCAAGACUGAUUACUAUGCCCGUAAGCGCCUGAUCACCCAGGCCAAGAACAAGUACAACGCGCCCAAGUACCGCCUCGUUGUCCGCUUCACCAACCGCGACAUCAUCACCCAGAUCGUCUACUCUGAGCUCUCCGGUGACAAGGUCUUCGCCAGCGCCUACUCCCACGAGCUCAAGCGCUAUGGCAUCACCAACGGUCUGACCAACUGGGCUGCCGCUUACGCCACCGGUCUCCUCCUUGCCCGCCGUACCCUCAAGAAGCUGGGCAUUGACGAGCAGUUCACCGGUGUUGAGGAGGCUGACGGCGAGUACGCUCUCACCGAGGCCGUUGAGACCGACGAUGGUGAGCGCCGCCCCUUCAAGGCCUUCCUUGAUGUCGGUCUGGCCCGUACCUCCACUGGUGCCCGUGUCUUCGGUGCCAUGAAGGGUGCCUCCGACGGUGGUAUCCUCAUCCCCCACUCCGAGAACCGCUUCCCCGGCUUCGACAUUGAGACCGAGGAGCUCGAUGCCGAGACUCUCCGCACCUACAUCUUCGGUGGCCACGUCGCUGAGUACAUGGAGGGUCUUGCCGACGACGACGAGGAGCGUUACCGCGGCCAGUUCCACAAGUACCUUGAGAACGAGGUCGAGGCUGGUGACAUCGAGGACCUCUACACUGAGGCCCACAAGGCCAUCCGCGAGGACCCCUUCAAGAAGGAUGAGGAUGAGGGCUCCAAGAAGACCAAGGAGGAGUACAAGGCUGAGAGCAAGAAGUUCCAGAAGAAGAAGCUGUCCCACGCUGAGCGCAAGGCUCGCGUUGAGCAGAAGAUCCGUGAGCUUGCUGCUUAA